ACUAAUAAAUUAUAUCGCUGCCUUUUGUUCUUCCUUUUCUCUAUACGUGUUCUCUCUCAACUCUCACCCCCAACAACUCUCUUUCUCGCUCUCGAACUGUUUUCGCAUGCGAGUCGAUUUUUGUGGACAACAUACCAAAGAUGGAAGCUUUAAACAAAGUGUAGCAGGGCAGAUUUGAGUUUCUUUCCAGCAAGUGUUUUAUGGCACUUCAUGCAAAAACUGCUGAAUGGUAGGACAAUCUAUAGAUUCUCCUUUCCAGAACUCCACUUUGGUGGGACUAUAAUUUGUUAUUUCUUUUACAGCUUAAAAUCUUUGAAUUGGGCCCAACUGUAGCUGUCAAAGAAUGGAUGGUGAUUCUUUAUGCGGAGAUAAUGAUGAUUUCGACUGGGACAGUGAAGAUGAAAAGGAAAUUGAGAAUUUUGCCUCAUCUUCAUCAUCAAGUCUGAGACUUCCUCAAGUGGAAACUAGGUCAAGCUCAGCGGAGGCAAGCUCAUCUGUAGGUUCAUCUUCUGGUUCCAAAAUGAUUGAUCAUUUUGUAAAAAUGGGGUUUCCUGAAAAAAUGGUUGCCGAAGCAAUUCAGGAAAACUGUAAAGGAGAGGAAGAUGAAGAUUCAAUACUCGAAACACUUCUUAAGUACUCGACAAGUUCAUCUGCAAGCUCUUCUGGCUCCAAAUUAUUUGAUCGUUUUGUAGGGAUGGGGUUUGCAGAGAAAAUGGUUGCCAAAGCAAUUAAGGAAAAUGGAGAGGGAGAUGCAGAUUCAGUUUUGGAAACUCUCCUCACAUACGCAGCCAUUGGAAAAUCUCCUCAAGAACAGCCCAACAAUGAUUCUGAUCAUUGCUCCUCAGGACAUGAAGGGAGCUUUCUGGAUGAUUUUUCAGAUGUAGAUAGUGCUGAUGAUGAGGUAAUUACAAAGACUGUUUCUGACGAGGAUAAUAAAUUAGCCUUUUUAAGAAGGAUGGGUUACAAAGAGGCAGAUGCUUCAAUAGCCAUAACUAGAUGUGGAACGGAAGCCACAAUUUCAGAGCUGGCAGAUUUCAUUUGUGCAGCUCAAAUUGCAAAGGCAGAGGAUGCUUUCUUUGCUGAAGAUGAGAAAAAGCCUAAGCAUUUGGACAAACAGAAGAAGAGGAGUUUUUUGGAGUCUGACGUGUUGGAAAAGAAAAGGCAGAAGGGGUUGGAGAAUGGAGAUGAUGAGGGAGUUCGGCUCCCAAAUCCAAUGGUUGGGUUUGGGGUGCCUACAGAACCAGGAAUUGUUACUCGUAGAACACUUUCAGAGGCUGCCAUUGGGCCCCCCUUCUUUUAUUAUGAAAAUGUAGCUCUGGCUCCAAAAGGGGUUUGGCAGACAAUUUCAAGGUUUUUGUACGAUGUGGAGCCAGAAUUUGUGGAUUCCAAGCACUUUUGUGCUGCUGCAAGGAAAAGGGGGUACGUUCACAAUCUUCCCAUUCAUAACAGAUUUCCUCUUCUUCCGCUUCCUCCAAACACAAUACAUGAAGCUCUACCCUUAACAAGGAAAUGGUGGCCUGCAUGGGAUGAGAGAACAAAACUGAAUUGCUUACAGACUUGCAUUGCUAGUGCAAAGCUGACAGAGAGGAUACGGAAGGCCCUCGAAGCCUAUGAAGGGGAGCCCCCUUUGCAUGUCCAGAAGUUUAUAAUGGAUGAAUGUCGGAAAUGGAACCUGGUUUGGGUUGGAAGGAAUAAGGUUGCUCCUCUUGAGGCUGAUGAAGUUGAAAUGCUUUUGGGAUUUCCAAGGAACCACACCAGGGGAGGCGGUAUAAGUAGGACUGACAGAUACAAGUCACUAGGUAACUCAUUCCAGGUUGAUACUGUUGCUUAUCAUCUGUCAAGUUUGAAAGACUUGUUCCCAGGAGGGAUCAAUGUUCUGUCUCUUUUCUCUGGAAUCGGUGGUGCCGAAGUAGCUCUUCAUCGGCUUGGUAUUCGUUUGAAGAAUGUGGUGUCAGUUGAGAUCUCAAAUGUGAAUAGGAGUAUCAUGAGUUGCUGGUGGGAGCAAACAAAUCAGACUGGGAAUUUGAUCCACAUUGAAGAUGUGCAACACCUAACUGCUGAUAGGUUGGAGCAGUUGAUGAACAUGUAUGGCAGUUUUGAUCUUGUUGUGGGGGGGAGUCCAUGCAACAAUCUGGCAGGUAGCAAUCGCCAUCACCGUGAUGGACUUGAGGGCAAAGAAUCUUCCCUCUUCUUUGAUUACUGUCGUAUCCUAGAUGUGGUUAAGAAUUUAACAUCUAGAUACAGUUGAAUUUAGCUAUUUUUUCAGAAUUUUUUUUCCAUUUCCAUUUUUAUGUCAGUUUAAUAAUGAUAGACCGCCUAACAAUUUGUCAAAAUUUAUGUGCUUACAAUGAGAAGAAUAUUAAAAUUAGGAGGUUAAAGUUGUUCA